AUGGCAGAUUUACCACCUCUACCACCUCUACCAUCCCCACGGCCCCUAGCUGGUCCCAGGCGACCAUUGACCACCUGGGCACGAAAAUAUGGACUGUUCUCGCCCACUAGCCAUAAAAGCGGAUAUACGCCCACGGAAUACAAGUUUCCGACGCUGGGGGCGGUCUUCCCAGAUUCAUCUGAUAGGUAUGAACAAUACCAAAGGAAGAAUCUCAACGGCUUCACUACACGCGAAUUGGGACAGCUUGACUGUCUCCCGACGCGAGAACUGAUCCCGGGAAAUCUGCCCAAGUAUAUACUGCCGAUGCUUGCACGCCAGAACUGGGAGACGAACCCAGUCCAGCCUGAUUUCCCGCGCAGCGAUCUCUAUGCAUUGGAAGACGGGCGCGGAAUGUGGUCUGCCCACAACGAUGUAGUGUGGCCAAUCCUGGAACCGAUCCUCGUUCUGGCGUCGAAGAUUCUCGGCUCCGCUCAUCUUCUCCCGUGGUUCGAUGCCGUCUUACGUGCGGAAAGGAAGCCUGUUCCAUCAUCAAGACUGAAACCUGAAGACCAAGGCCGAACAGAUUUGCGAUACAUAGAGCCACGCACAGUAAGCGAGUUCAAUCCUCAGAUGGCUUCGACCGCGGAUAGAGACAUGGCUUUUGGCGUGAUGCAAAAUCGAUAUCAAUACACCUUUGGGUUCAUGCGGCAUGACGAAGAUCCCAUGGAUCCCGGUGAAGAUCCACCGGGGAAAACAUUGGCUUACACCGGUACCAACUCCGAAUAUAUGCGCUAUGAUCCGACCCCAAAUAAGUUGCCUCGGUUGUUUACAUGGCUGAGUCUCCAUGAGUUCGAGUUGCUGCUGAGAGAUGACUUGAACUCGGCAGAACGCAUGUCCAUCGAGUGGUCCAUAGCCAAUACCAUCUCCCAUGAGGUGAUGCAUGCCGUAGACUUUCUGUUCACUCAUUUGCAAGGCGAUUACGAGACGCCUGAAGUUUACUUUGACCAAGAACCCUUGUCAGAGCUAGGGUUUAGUUUCGAGAAAGCGGUCAAUCUUGGAAGUACAAUGGCAAUGAUCUCUGUGGAUGAUACCCAGAUCAUGCCCCUGGGAUGGUUUUUUUCUAGAUGUUGGCCUACUGCCCCUGAUGUAGCAAUGGCCGACGCAGGAGCCGUGGAACUCAUAAACCCCGGUGUUCAGUUAUUUGACGAGUUCUUCCCUAUACCCAUCUCAUUCUAUCAAGAUGUCCAGCAAGAGGAGUUUUGGUCGGUUGGCGUUCAGAAGUUCGGACAUGGCCUCUUGCACUACCGAACUCGCAAGGAAGGCUCUCGUGUUCUCUAUACCAUUGACCCCAAAACAGGCAAACUGAAAGUUGGUCACGCAAUCCGAUUCUCGGCGUUUGACCAGACCUUCAUGGAAGCAACCAACAGGUUCAUCUCCAAGGUAGAAAUGCUAACCACGGCUCUUUCGUUGACCCCUGAAGACAGAGAGGCAAUGCGGUUCGGCCGCGCUCUACUGUUCAGCUCUCAAGCCGAACAGAUGUUCUGGGAUAACACCACAAGCCAGCAGGCACUGGUGAAGACAGCAAUGGAUGUGAUGGCGAGCGCAGCUUCAGCUCCACCCACCGACGAGACCCGACGCAUGAUAUUCAACGGCCUACUGCAAUGCAUGCUCGAUGCCAUCUCGACCCACCAGGUGCAGAUAGCGUCCAUCCUGAGUCUCGAGUCCGUCAACAACACACGCUACCCCGAUCGCCGCACCGCUCUCAAGAGCUGGAACAGAGGAACCCGAGUCUUCAUCCGCAACCUCAAGAGAGCCGACGCCACCAACGCCAUCAAUGCCGAGAAGGCCCUCCUCGACCUCGAACUCUGCCACAUGGUCCUCUACGACCCCGCCGAUCCAUCCAUGCAGGCGUCCGAGGAGUUCUUCGAGAGCCAAUCGCUCACCCUGGCACGCAUCUGUCUCGGCGAAGGAGACUACUCGCAGUGUCGGGAUUUGUGCAACGGCGUGCUGGGUCUGCCCUGGUGUACCGUCUUUGGCCGCUGCGGCGCGGAAGCCAUCUUGUUCGCUCUAGAUAGGGAUCUCUUCGAAGGGUGGGAUGAGCGCAAGGCGAGCUUCGCGAAGAUGGUUCAGAGAAUGGCGUAUUGUGAAGCGGGGGCGCCGGCAACUUGGAAGUCGCACUGGGCGACGUUGAAGAGUGAGCUGGUUGACCCAGCGUCACAGAUCCCCCGGCCACCGGAUCCGAAUGCGCCACAGCCUGUUGUCGUAGAUAUUCCUAGUGUGCCUAGCGGACGAAAAGGAACUGAGGGUAGUGCCUAA